CUCUGGUUCCAUCUCAGAAGCUCCCGCUGGGUUAAAGAGAGCCGACUCUGAAGGAGCUAGGAUGCUGGCACUGCGCCUGCUGUGCGGGGCCGUCCUCCUGGACCUGGCCCAGGCCUGCCCCAAGCGCUGUGACUGUAGCCAGAAGUACGGCUUCCAGAGCGCCGACUGCGCCUACCGGGACCUGGAGGCCGUGCCGCCGGGCUUCCCAGCCAACGUGACCACGCUGAGCCUGUCGGCCAACAAGCUGCCGGCCUUGCCCGAGGGCGCCUUCCAGGAGGUGCCGCUGCUGAAGUCGCUGUGGCUGGCGCACAACCAGAUCCGCUGGGUGGCAGCGGGCGCCCUGGCCUCGCUGGGCCACCUCAAGACCCUGGACCUCAGCCACAACCUCAUCUCCGACUUCUCCUGGGGCGACCUGCACAACCUCAGCGCCCUGGAGCUGCUGAAACUGGACAGCAACGAGCUGACCUCGGUGCCGCGCGACGCCUUCCGGGGCCUGCGUGCCCUGCGCUCGCUGCAGCUCAACCAUAACCGCCUGCACACGCUGGCCGACGGCACGCUGGCGCCGCUCACCGCCCUGUCCCACCUGCAGAUCAACGACAACCCCUUCGACUGCAACUGCGGCCUCAUGUGGUUCAAAACGUGGGCGCUGACCACCGCCGUGUCCAUCCCGGAGCAGAACAACAUCACCUGCGUCUCGCCGCACUUGCUCAAGGGCACGCCGCUAAGCCGUCUGCUGCCACUGCCCUGCUCGGCGCCCGCCGUCCAGCUCACCUACCAGCCCAGCCAGGAAGGUGCCGAGCUGCAGCCGGGCUUCGUGCUGGCGCUGCACUGUGACGUGGACGGGCAGCCCGCACCCCAGCUGCACUGGCACAUCCAGACGCCCAGCGGCACCGUGGAGAUCGCCAGCCCCAACGUGGGCGCGGACGGGCGAGCCCUGCCCGGGGCCCUGCCCGCCAGCGGCCGGCCACGCUUCCAGGCCUUUGCCAAUGGCAGCCUGCUCAUCCCCGACUUUGGCAAGCUGGAAGAGGGCACCUACAGCUGCCUGGCCACCAACGAGCUGGGCAGCGCGGAGAGAUCGGUGAGCGUGGCGCUGGCCAGCCCCGGCGAGGCGGGCGAGGUAGCUCUGGGUCGCAGGUUUCCUGCCAAGGGCGCCGAGGCCAAGGGCUGCUACACGGUCGACAAUGAGGUGCAGCCCUCGGGGCCCGAGGACAAUGUGGUCAUCAUCUACCUCAGCCGUGCAGGGAGCCCCGAGGCCGGGGGGCCCGUGGGAGAGGGGGGUCUGGGGCGGCCGCCCCCCGGGCUGCUCCUUCUGGGCCAGAGCCUCCUCGUCCUGCUCUUCCUCACUUCUUUCUAGUCCCACCGCGACCUGGCAUGGGCUGGAGUGGCCCGAGCAGGGCUGCCCCCGUGCAGGGGGAUGGGGGCUGUGACGCCUGAGGUGUCCGUGGGGCUCCACGGCUUCCUACCUCCCCUUCUGAGGGUUCCUCUUCUGGAACCCUCGCCACCCCCCCAAUUUCUAGCUCAGAACUAAUUAGGGCAGACUUCCUGCCACCAGCUACGAAGCUCACUGCUGCUGACUGCAGGCCCCGGUGCCCCCACAGGCUAACGUGGGAGUGCCCGGUCCCUUGCAGGGCACGAAUGAGCAAGUGGGGGACGGGUGGGACUGAGGGGGUUGGGAUCAGCCUGCAGAGAGGACACAAGGGGACUUGCUUUAGCACUGGCCUGGCAGCUUGGCCCACAUCUCUAUGGAACCGGAGGCCCCCAGAGGGGCUUCCUCUUCUCUGUCCCUCUGGUCAGCCUACACGCCACUGCCCACUGACCAUUCCUUUCUCUCAAGUCUGCAUCUGUAGCCG